GGCGGUCCGUCAGUGGAGGGAGGGAUAGGGCAGCCAAUGGGAGCGGGAUCCGGUCCAGCAUUUCGCAGCUGAUUGGCAGCUGAGGAGGAGGCCUUUGCGAGAAGCAGCGGCGGCGGCGGCGGCUGAGGAGGCUCUGCGGCUGGAUGGAUCUGUUCGGGGACCUCCCGGAACCGGCUGGAGAGAAAGAAGAGCGGAGAGGGUCUUUGCUUUUUGACGAUCUUCCACCAGUGAGCAGCACUGACUUGGGGGCCGGGAGCUCUCUGCUUUUUGAUGAUCUACCACCUGCCAGCAGUGGGAACUCAGCUUUACAUCCCACAGAGCAAGUUUCUCUUUCUGUGAGCUAUGGAAAGGGAGAGAAGAGAAAGUCCACCGAAGGAGAGAAGAAUGGAAGUGAAGAACUUGUGGAAAAGAAAGUUUGUAAAGCCCUCAUAUCCUCCAAGGAGCUCUGGGCUACAGUCAACAUGAGGCUUUCCCCCUGUCUCCUCACAACAGUCUUGGGAGAUUCUUCGGAGAUUCUUGCUGUGAAGGGUUAUGUGGCAGAGAGGAAAGGUGAACGAGAAGAAAUGCAGGAUGCCCAUGUGAUUCUGAAUGAUAUUACAGAAGAGUGCAAGCCCCUGCCCUCUCAGAUUACCCGUGUCUCAUACUUUGCUGUCUUUGACGGCCAUGGAGGAGCUCGAGCUUCAAACUACGCAGCACAAAAUCUGCAUCAAAACCUGAUAAGAAAAUUUCCUAAAGGAGAGGUGCCCAGUGUGGAAAAAGCAAUAAGAAGAUGCCUUCUGGAUACCUUCAAACACACCGAUGAAGAAUUUCUCAAGCAGGCUUCCAGCCAGAAACCUGCCUGGAAGGAUGGUUCCACAGCAACCUGUGUACUGGUGAUAGAUAAUACCUUAUAUAUUGCCAACCUUGGGGAUAGCAGGGCGAUUCUGUGUCGCUACAGUGAAGAUAAUCAGAAACAUACAGCCUUAAGUCUCAGUAAGGAGCAUAAUCCAACUCAGUAUGAUGAGCGGAUGAGGAUCCAAAAGGCUGGAGGGAAUGUCAGGGAAGGUCGUGUUCUGGGUGUCCUGGAAGUCUCUCGCUCUAUUGGUGAUGGACAGUACAAGCGCUUUGGAGUCAUCUCUGUGCCAGAUGUCAAACGCUGCCAACUUACACAUAAUGACAGGUUCAUCUUGUUGGCUUGUGAUGGUCUUUUCAAAGUCUUCUCACCAGAAGAAGCUGUGAACUUCAUCAUGUCUUGUUUGGAGGACAAAACGAUUCCUACAAGAGAUGCCAAAUCAGCCACUGAUGCUAGGUACGAAGCAGCCUGUAACAGGCUGGCCAACAAGGCAGUGCAGCGAGGAUCGGCUGAUAAUGUCACUGUGGUGGUGGUCCGGAUUGAGCAGUGAUGGGAGGAAUAUGUGCAAGUGAGGUCCUUAGCAGCAUGCAAUGGAUUAAAUAGAACAAGUUAGUGUGUCUGUGAGUGCGUGUGUGUGCGUGUAUGUAGAGUUUUCCUGUGCUUUUCUUUCCCAAAUGCUCUUAUUUGUAAAUAAAAGAGUUUGGUUCUUUUUUCUAAA